AUUAUUUUGGUGACAAUAACAUUUAUACUGCUUGAAUUUAACCUUAAGUCUCAUCCAUAUUGUUCAAUAUGAUGAUUUCUUGAAUUGUUUACUUUUUCAGUUCAUCAUUUUCAUUCAUUCUGGACAGUUGAUUAUGCAUCUGUUUUUAUGUGAAAAUAAUGGGAGAUUCAGUCUGUUGCUGCUAACUUUACCAUUGAUUCACCUAACAGGUCUACAAGUGGCCUGGAAAGUAGACAAUUGUCACCAACUCGUUUGUAAAAUCAAAAAAUUUUUCCAUUCAGAUGUGCUGAUAUCAACUACAGCAUGAAUCUUGUUGCUGUCAUCAUCUUUAUCACCAACUCUAUGUUGAUAGUUUCCUCUUACUCUCACCCAAGUAACCAGAUAUUUUUGUUACCCUAUGACACAGCUAACCAGCUUGGUUCAUCAAUCUUGAAUCAUGAUUUUUCUGUAAUGCCACUAAUUAAUACAACUCCUAAUCAGCUGCCUUACGAAUUGUUGAUCAACAACAAAAUAUAUUUGAUGCCAACUCAGUCAAAAGAAAAUCCUUAUGUUAUCAUCAAACCAACGUCUGACCUUUCAACUUUAACCAGCGUCAUCAAUGAAAUUCGUGCAAAGGAUUUAUCCAUAAACUUACAACCAUUUCAAUCUUAUUCAUUUAGCGAUUCAAAAAUGAACACUUUAUCAACUAAGGAUAGGAUGAAAGUUGACUUAAUACAAUCAAAGGAAAGCUCGUUUUUUGGUUUACCUGUUGAUGGGGUGAUGACAAAUGACAAUUUUGACAAGGAGAAGACAAUCGACGAAAUACGAGCUGAAUCGAUGAAUCCUUUAAUCAAGAUUAACCUUUUAAUUCGCCAUUCUGUUGGCAAGUUGAAAAAAUUGGAGGCAGCUUAUGCCAAGCAAUUAUUCCCAAACCAAGUGUUGACAAAAUUCAUACUCCGGGCUUUGCUCCAUCCUCUCAAAAGGUUCAAUACAAUAUUUGUGAUCCGUUAAUUGUGAUUGCAAUACUCAAAUUUUGACAAUUUUGAUAUAAUUAAUGACCAAUACUCAAAACCAAAAGGAUUAAUGCGAUUACUUGAUAAAUAAGACCAUUAAUUUGACCUUUUAUAAAAAAACACUUUUUUGAUGCGAUCCUGAUUAAAAGCUUAUUCAAGCUUCAAUAAGAUGAUAAUUUAACUGGAACAUUUGAAUUGGUUGUGUCAUUGUUAACCUAAUGAUCUAAUAUAACAAUGUAACCACAAUCUAAUUAAAUUAAAAUAAUCGGAUUAAUGAAACA